AUCAAUUUGGUAAGAAUGUCUAAAAGAAGAUGGGUGGAAUUCAAGAUCUGCCAGACGAUAAGCUGCUCAGCUCCUGUCAGCCGGAGGCACAGAGCAUCCUCUCCUGCAGCUGCAGCCACUGGAACUACAGUGAUGGAGGACGAGGAGAGGCAAAAGAAGCUGGAGGCCGGUAAAGCUAAGUUGGCAGAGUACCGCCAGAGAAAAGCUCACGCAGACUCGCAGAAGAAGCAGAAAAAGAAGAAGAAAAAGAAGACUGGGGAUGACUUGGAGGGGGACUCGCAGGAACGGGGUGAGGCUGAUCCUGAUCAGUCUGUGGACACAGAGGAGGUCUCCAGUGGAGGACAGGAUGGAAUGAAAGAAGGAGCUAGAGAUCCACCCACUACGGAGUUUACAUUUGCAAAGACACUGCGUAGCGGAGAAUCUGUCAAACAUGACCAGACCUACACUAUAGAGCCGGAGAGUGAAGUGUCCACAACUGCUGAAGAUUAUUCCUCAGAGGUAAAUGGGUGCCACGAUGAGAUGACAGAGAAUCUAAUGAUGUUCACCAAGGAUUUUGUCUGGGAGGAGGUGGAGGUUCAAGGAGACAAAAUGCAAGUUAUGGAGGAUGUAAAAACGCAGACUGAGGAGGAGCUGAAUCGAGAACUGGAGGAAAUCAGAGCCAGCUUUGGUACAGACGAAGUGCAGCAGCUACAGGACUUUGAAGCAGCUCUAAAGCAGCGAGAUGGCAUCAUCACACAGCUGACGGCUAAUCUUCAGCAGGCUCGUGAAGAGAAGGACGAGAUUAUGAAAGAAUUUCUGAAGCUGACAGAACAAAGCCAAAAAUUACAGAUCCAGUUCCAGCAGCUCCAGGCAGGAGAGACACUGAGGAACACCAGCCACAGCAGCACAGCAGCUGAUCUUCUGCAGGCCAGGCAGCAGCUUAUCCAGUACCAACAACAGCUGGAGGAAGUGAACGUGGAGGUCAGGGAGCACCAGGAGAGGAGCAGUGAGCAGCUGCAGCACAUCAGCCAAUUACAGCACCAGCUGAACGAGAUGGAGAUGUCGGGAAGACGAUCUGAAGAGACCUUUAUGCAAACAAUAAACAAAAAGGAACUCUUGAUUACCGAUAUGGAAAAAGUCAUUUCAUCUCGGGAUCAGAUGCUGGUGGAGUUGAGAACCUCACAGGAGUCUUUUGCACAAACCCUGGAAGAGAAAAGCCUUGUCAUAUCAGAGCAAACUGCAAUAAUCACACAGCAUGAGAGGUCGUUGGCCUCGCUGAGGGAAGAACUCGUUAAUGUGGGAAGGACAGAUGAAAAUGUUAUACAACAGUCUGAUGAAAAGGACUUAAUAAUAGCAGAACAGAAGAGAAUCAUUUCAGAGCAAGAAUGCUCCGUCUCACAGCUGAAGGAGGACAGUGAGUCCUCCGAAAAAUGUCUGCGUGACAUCCAACGGCAAAUGGCUGCAGGAGAAUCGGAGCUUGAAAAAUGCCAGAGUGAGUUAACAAACACAAAGUCUGAAUUAGACAGUUGUAGAGCUGAGUUAGAUGGUUUAAAAGAAGAGCUAGUUAAAGAAAAAGCAGAGUUCGAAAGUUGUCAAUCUGAACUUUCAACCUCUAAACAAAAGGAACGAAUGUCUUCUAAUGAGAUCAUGCAGCUUAUGGGCACGGUGGAGGAGCUCCAGAGACGCUGUCACCAGGGCAGCGUGACGGAGAGUGACACCGUCCAACAGAUGCAGGAGGAGAACGCUAGGAAGCUGGAACUUCUUAGGGCAGAGCUGGAUGAGGUGUAUGGUCAGCAGAUAGUUCAGAUGAAGCAGGAGAUUAAUUUGCAACACUCAGAAAAAGUGGAGAAAAUGACUCAGCAACACAGUACUGAGCUGGAGCUCCUGAAAGUACAACUGUCUCAGAGCUCCAGCGACAGCUCCGCUCAGAUGGAAAGUCUCAAUGCUAAGAUUAAGGUGCUUCAGGAGACGUUAGAGCAAACACAAGCAACGCACGAUCAAUCCAAACUCGAGCUAAACCACAUUGCCAGAGAAAAACUUGACCUACAGGUUAAAAUUGAGGAUCUUCUAAAAGAUCUUCAUUCUGCUCAUGAGAAAGUGGAGCUGGUCUCCCACCAUCUGAAAUCUCAGGAAAGUCAACAGGAGGAAGUGCAGAGCCUCCAGGAGAUGAUCGACAGUUUGAAGAGUCAACUUGCAGCUGCUCAAGAAGCCGCACAAGAAACAGAAGUGAAGCACGAAUCAGAAGUGACCAACUACAAAAUUAAGCUGGAGAUGCUGGAGAGGGAAAAAGACGCUGUGCUGGACCGCAUGGCUGAGUCACAGGAAGCAGAGCUGGAACGCCUGAGAACUCAGCUCCUGUUCAGCCAUGAGGAAGAACUCACCUACCUGCGGGAGGACCUGCAGAGGGAGAACUUCAUGAACACAGAAAACCUCCUCAAUGAAGCUGCUAUCAAACAUCAGAAAGUCCUGGAUGAGCUGCGUCUAAAUUAUGAAGAAGAGCUAACUUUGUCUCGGUUAGAGAAGGAGAACUUUGCCAAAGAACGAGAUGAGCUUCGGCAUCAAAUUCUUGGCUUGAAAGAAGACCUCAACUUGGCUUUGCAAACUUCCAAAGCGGAUGAGUUGGUAGAGCAACUGCAGGAGCUCCAGGUGGAGCUUGAAGAGCUAAGAAAGGAGGGAGAAGAACGACAGAGACUGGAAAAUGAAAUUCAGACGUUGCUAAACCGGACGGAUGUGCUUGAAAAAGAGGCAAAAGACAAAGAAGAAUCCUGGGAGUUGGAAAAGAAAACACUGACAGAAUCACAUGACACUUUAAAAGAAGACUUUACUGCAAAAUGUAAAGAAAUUAACUUUUUGACUCUAGAGAAGAAUCAAAUCCAACAUGAAGUAGAUGCACUGAAAGAAAAAAUUCAGAACCAAAAGACAACGUUCUCUUUUGCUGAGAAGAAUUUUGAGGUAAAUUAUCAGGAGCUGAAGGAAGAAUACAUGUGUCUCGUCAAGGCCAAGACGCACUUGGAAGAGAAGACACUGAGGGAGACGCUUGAGUUUGAGACAAAAAUCACCAGGCUUGAGUCUGAGAUUGGGAAGCUGGAGUCUCGAAGGGAUGUCAGAAUGGAGGAGACACAUACAGUCUAUGUGGAAAAAGAUACUACUGAGCUGAUGGAAAAACUUAAAGUCACUAUAUGUGAGAAGGAGACAAUCACUGAUCGGCUUUCUGAAGUAAACGAGAAACUGUUGUCAACACAGAACAAAGUAGAGCAGCUUGAAGAAGAGCUGACAAAAGUGAGGAGAGAAAACACAGAGGUCAUGACGAAAAAUAAAAGAUUGGAGAAAGUUCUGGAGGAGAACCAAGAGCAGAUGCGAAAGCAGAAAGAAGAGCAAGCUUCUGAUGAUUCUCAGACUCAGUCUUUGCGAGAGGAGAUAAAAGCUCUUCAGUCCCUGCUGCGGGCUGCUGAAGCCGAGAGAGACGAGAUCAGACAGACCCUGGAUCUCCAGCAGCUCUCGCAGCCUCCGUCUGCAGCCACAGUCCAGUGCUCGGGGGAGGGACCUGUUGAAGGACGGUCCUUGUCACAGAGACCAACAACAGCUUCACAACACAACAAACGCAAGAAACGACAGAAGACCAGGCAGGAGCACAAACCGAGCAUCUCUUUGCCAGGCAGCAGAGGAGACACGCAGAGGGAGGAGGAAGAGGAGGCAGCAGCAGCAGCGUCGAUUGAGGAGAAGAGGAGAGCAACUAGUGCCGCAGCGCAGAAGAAGCAGAAUCCUCAGAUGAAGAGCCAGGUGGUGUCACGCUCACAGCAGAGGGCCAGAACACAGGGCUCCAGCAAGGGACACCGUGUAGACGGGGAGAACACCAGCAAACAGGUGAACAGAGAUGAGAUGGAUGACUGUCACACUGAUCCUGCCGUUUGCCAGAGAGCAGAGGAGGGAGAAGGAACAACCGAGCAUGGUGAGUGCAGACUGCAGAUGGAGGCCCAGCGCCUCAGCCUCUCACAGCUCCAUGCUGCCCAGCUGGAACUGCUGCAGGAGGAGGCAGAUGCCCUCACACAUACUGCUGAGCCGAAGAUGCAGAGCCAGAAAGUUCACAGUGACCCAGAUGAGCCAAUAAACUUGUUACAUGCAGUUUCCGAAGAAUGCCGCAAAAUUAUUCUGUCUUACCAAAAGAUGUUUGGUGAAGAGUUUUUGGAGAAUGUUUCUGUCAGUGAGCAGGUGCCUUCAGAGGUCAGACCACAAACAGGUGAAUCCACCGCCACUGUCCUGGAGACUAAAGAGCUUUAUCAACGUCUGCAGCAGGUGAGGGAGAAGAUGGAGCGGGAGCACGAGAGGCUGUCACAGCUCCAGGCUGAGCUGCGAGCUGAAGGGAACAAGAUAAUGGAGAUGCAGAAGGCGUAUGAUGAGCUGAAGAGCAGCAGUGAGAAGGAGAUCUGUGACCUGCGUGUGCAGGUCGCCGACUUUACUUCCUCUCCAAGCAAAGGUCCAGAGGAGCCAGUUGAUACACCGCCUACCUCCACGACGGAGGAGCUACAGAGGCUACAGGCUGAGGCUCAGGAGAAACACCUGCAGCAGGAGCAGAGUCACACACAAGAGAUGGAGCGUUUGAGGGCUCACUACCAGCAGGAGGCCACAGAAGCCGAGGAGCGGUACGCCACAGAGCUCUUCAUGCUGCAGCAGAGGCUGCAGGAAGUCACAGGAACACAGACUCUCCCAAGUUUGUCCACGAUGUCAGAGUCUGCGUCUGAGAAGAUGGAUGAACACAGCGCAAAGGACCUGAGUGAGGAGGAGUUGUCGGGGGGAGAUGUUGUGUUGGGCUGGUCCCUUACGUCGCCAGGUCUGAGUGUGCAGCUGCAGACGCUCAGGAAGGCGCUCUACAACAAGUAUGUCCAAGAGGUGGCAACUCUUAAAGAGCAGCACAGCGUGGAGUUGAGGAGGCUAAGGGAGGAAAGGGAGCAGGAGGAGAGAAGAAGAGAGGAGCGCCAGGAAAGACGAGGAGAAAAAGAGCAGGGACUAGAUUCAGAGGAGUGCCGAGCUGCUGAGGAGGACGUUCUGGAGGAGAAGCGUUACUGGGAGAGAGUGGAGGAGGAAGUUGCCAAAGCCAUCGUUCAAAUAUCAGUGGAGUUUGCGCAGCAGACUGAAAUGGCUCGCAUCAACAAGCACGCCUGCCAGGCCAGCACCUCCAUGCAGACGCAGUCAUGUGAGGAGGAGAUGGAGGAGCAGGAGAGUGAGGAGCAAACUCCCAGGGAUUCCUUCAGUCCUGGCGCCUGGCUCGAGGAGAUGGAGAGGGAGAAAAUGGAGAAGGAGCUGGAGGAGAGGAAUGCUGAGAUUCAGAGGUUAAAGGAGGAGCUGCAGAGAGCUGCAGGAGCAGCAGAGAAGGUCUGGAGUCAUACCUUAAAGAAGCAAACACACGAUGAGGGAGAGGUUGAGGAGGAGGAAGAUCCAGGAGGGCUGGGAAUAAAGGAGUCGUAUGCACAGACAUUAUCAUCGCCGUCACAGGAUAUAACAGAAUCCUCUCCUUCGGAUGUUGAAAGGGACCUGCUGCGCAAAGCCAAUGAGAAACUGAGUCAGGUGUUGGUGGAUGUCCUGAAGACGACGGCGGCGGCAGAAGAAACGAUCGGUCUCCACAUGCAAAACCUGUCUGAUGCGUCCGUGGAACAGCAGCAGGUUGACGAGCCUCAAGUCACCUCACAGACAGCGACCUUGCAGACAGUUAACACACAGACCUUCAGAGCAAGUGCAGCAGGCCACACUGCCGAAGGUUCACAGAGCACCAAGAUCGGUGCAGAAGACCUAAGCCCGUGGUCUAGGGAGACGGAGACAGAUAAGGGUUUGAAGGCGUCCCAACAGAUGGUGGAGAGCCUGCUGCUCGGAGCAGAGACACAGUUGGAGAAUGAAGAGUUUCUAAUGGGCAUCGGUGGACGGCUGCAGUCGGCUCUGGAGAGGAUGUUGAUGGCCAUCAAUGACACCACCAACCAGCUUGAACAUGCCCGGCUGACACAGACUGAGCUAAUGAGAGAGUCCUUCCGCCACAACCAGGAGAUCAAUGAGCUGCUGCAGAAGCAGGAGGAGCUGCAGGAGCGAUUGACAGAGGAGGCCCGAGCCCGAGAAGAUCUGGCGUUGGAGCUCCACCGCGCUGAAGGUUUAAUUGAUGGCUACACGGGCGAACGGGCUGCGUUGGAGGAGCAGUUACGUCAGAAGGAAGAGCUUCAGAUGAGUCUCGAGCAGGAGCUUCAGGUUACAAGUAGUCGACUUCAGGAAUUGGAGCAGGACAGGCUUCAGAUGCAAGAGGAGCGAGAGCUGCUGUCACGGCAACAGGACGCUAUGAGGGAGCAUGCCGGGUCCCGAGAGCUUCGCCUAGUUGAAGCUGCAAUGGUUGCAGCACCUGAAGCAGACCUGUUGGAGGAGACAGAGAAGCUAAUGAAAGAGAAGGUGGAGGUCCAGCGCCAGGCAGAAAAGGAGAACUCUGACCUCCUGAAGCAGGUGAAGCUGCUGGAGGCGGAGCUGGAGGAGCAGGUCAACAGGGUGAUCGAGCUGGAGCAGGCUCGGAGGACGGAGAACGGAGACCUGCAGCAGCAGAUCCAGGCUCUGGAGAAACAGCUGGACAAAAACAGGAAGUUCCUUGAUGAACAAGCUGUGGAUCGGGAACAUGAGAGGGACUUUUUCCAGCAGGAGAUCCAGAAACUGGAGAAGCAGCUGAAGAAUCCACAGAAGGUUCAGACUGGCUCGGAGCAAAGAAACCAAGAGGUGGAUCAGCUGACCUCCCAGCUGAAGGAGAAGGCGGAUUGGUGCAGUGAGCUGCUGCUCAGCUCCGAGCAGCUGCAUCGUGAUUUGAAGGAGCGCGACGAGGAGAUUGACAAGCUGGAGAGCCGCAUCCGUGAGCUGGAGCAGGCCCUGCUGGCCAGCGCUGAGUCCCUGGAGAAGGCUGAACAAAAGAAGCAGCAUGCAUCCAUCACUGAGAGCAGACAGUCCGCGCUGGAAGCCCAGCUACAGACGGAGAGAGAAGCUCUGGAGAGGAAAGAAAAAGAGAUCUGCAACCUGGAGGAGCAGCUGGAACAGUUCAGAGAGGAGCUGGAGAAUAAGAGCGAGGAGGUGCAGCAGCUUCACAUGCAGCUGGAGAUCCAGAGAAAGGAGAUCAGCAGCCCGCAGGAAUACUUAGAGACCAGGGACAGCAUGCUCCAGGUGAUGGAGGAGAAGGACAGGGAAAUAGCACUUCUUAAUGAACAGAUCUCUAAACUCCGACACACAGAAACUGCUUCCAGUAACAAGGAAUUAGAUGGAAAAGAUGAUCUGUUGAAAGACCUGGAAUCUCAGGUGGAGUGUCUGCAGAGUGAACAGGAGCACCUGAAGAGGAAUCACGAAGAGGAGCUUGACCAACUGAAUGCAGUAAUUGACAAGCUUCAGCAGGAGCUGGUGAACAUUGAGCAAAAUCGGGUUGCAGAGGAAGACGAGGACUUUGUGGUGGAAGAAGAGCGUGGUCCACGUCAAGAGGAAUAUGAUGAACUGAAGCAGAAGUUAGAUUUGUUGACCACGGAGCUGGAUAUGCUACGAACUGAGCACAGCAAGCUGCUAGAGACAUAUCUGUGCCUGAAAGAGACUGCAGAUGAUUCAGGUGACGGGGAAAAGGUCUGCGGUUUAAAGGAAGAGCUGCAAUCAGUUCUGAGAGAAAAAACUGCAGGUCUCGUCGUCAUGCAGGCCCAGGUACAAGCUCUGGAGCAGAGUGCAACAUCCAGGGUGGAGGAGUUUAGGCUUCGCAUACAGGAGCUUGAGGACUUGGUUAAUGAAAAAGAUAGCGAGUUAAGCCGCUGCCGUCUCCUUGUGGAGCAGACUCAAAGCUACGGAGAUGGUCUCCAGCAGAAAGUCUCUGAUCUGGAGUACAAUCUCAGUGAAAAAAUGGUUACUGCUCUAGUCAGCCAAGCCACAUUGGAGGCUCUACAGCAGCAGGAAAAUUUACCAGCAUCCACAGAAGACCAGGAUGUGCAGGAACAUAAAGAAUCAAUUAUGAAGUCCAACGUGGAGCUACAGAGUCAGGACUUUGGUGACUUUGGUAUUCCUCGAAUAGAUUUCCGUGGACUGGGUCAAAUCAGACAAGCUCCCACUGAAAAGGUGGUGCAUUUGACACAGACACUAAGGGACUUAGAAGCUGGACUCAGUGGAAUGCAGAAAGACCAAGAGAUCCAAAAGCAGCUCCUGUCCAGUUCUGAGGAGGAGGUGGUCGAGUAUGAGAGGAGGUUGGCAGCAUGCAUGGACCUGCUCAGUCAGAUGAAGCCUGGCACUCAGCUGGAAACUUGGUAUUCUGUAGAGAGCUCCUCUGCUGAUGACCAGCACACUGUUUCUGAACUUCUUCAGGAGCUGGACCAGGUUAAAGGCGAGGCUUCAGCAGCCAAAGAGCAGCUGCACAGCUACAAGGAGAGCUGCAGCAGACUCCAGGAGGAGCUCCAAGAAAAGAAGGUAACAAUUCAGAAUCUUGAGGGCCAACUUCAGCAGGUGGCCACUGGUGGCUCUGAGGAAGUCCAGCUUCAACAAGAACUGGUGGACGCUCGUGAUGAAGCAACGGCUACCAAAGAAGAACUCAACAGCUGCAAGGAGAGUUUGGAGAAGCUGCAGGAGCUGCUACAGGAGCGGGAAAUGACUAUUGCCCACCUUAAAGGAGAACUUUUCCAAGUUAAAUCUCUAGAUGGCGCUGUUAGCACAGAACUGCUACAGGAGCUACAGGAGGUUCGGGACAGUUGGGCAUCCACAAAGGAGGAACUCAACAGACGCAGGCAGCAGAAUGAGAAACUGCAAGAGGAGCUUCAGGGUCAGGUGGCCUCCCUUUCUAAAUUCAAGGAGGAGCAACUACAGCUUAUGAAAGAGAUGGACGCCACCAGAGAAGAACUCAGUGGCUACAAGAUGCAGAAUGAGAAACUGCAGGGAGAGCUGAAGUUCCAUGAAAGUUCCUUCUCUAAGCUAGAGGAAGAGCCACAGCAGCUGAUCAAAGAAUUUGAGACAGCCAAGCAGGAACUCAGCAGGUACAAGCAGCAGACUGAAACACUGCAACAACAGCUGGAGGUCCAGGACCUUUCCAGCUUUAAGCUGAAGGAGGAGCUUCAUCUUUUGAUGAAAGACAUGGAGACCAGCAAAGAAGAACUAAGACACUGCAGACAGCAGAAUGAGAAACUGGAGGAGGAGCUCCAACUUCAGAAAUUGUCUUUUUCUAAAGCUGAGGAAGAGCAGCAGAGACUUAUGAAAGUUGUUGUUGACUCCAACAAAGGAGUAGUUAAAAGCAGCAAGCAACAGAGUGAGGAAGUGCAAGCAGAGUUGGAGGUCCUACAAGUAGAACCCCAGCACCUGAUUCAAGAAAUGGAAUCAGCCCACGAGGUCACAGGCUCAAAGCAGCAGCAUGAAAAACUGCAGUAUGAGCUACAGGCUCGAGACAUUUCCAUUUCAAAACUCCAGCAGGAGCUCCAGCAGCUUGUGAAGGAGAUGGACAUCACUAAGGAGGAACUCACCAGCUACAGGCAGCAGAAUGAGAAACUGCAAGAGGAGCUUCAGGGUCAGGUGGCCUCCCUUUCUAAAUUCAAGGAGGAGCAACUACAGCUUAUGAAAGAGAUGGACGCCACCAGAGAAGAACUGAGUGGCUACAAGAUGCAGAAUGAGAAACUGCAGGGAGAGCUGAAGUUCCAUGAAAGUUCCUUCUCUAAGCUAGAGGAAGAGCCACAGCAGCUGAUCAAAGAAUUUGAGACAGCCAAGCAGGAACUCAGCAGGUACAAGCAGCAGACUGAAACACUGCAACAACAGCUGGAGGUCCAGGACCUUUCCAGCUUUAAGCUGAAGGAGGAGCUUCAUCUUUUGAUGAAAGACAUGGAGACCAGCAAAGAAGAACUAAGACACUGCAGACAGCAGAAUGAGAAACUGGAGGAGGAGCUCCAACUUCAGAAAUUGUCUUUUUCUAAAGCUGAGGAAGAGCAGCAGAGACUUAUAAUGAAAGAUGUUAACUUCAACAAAGGAGUAGUUAAAAGCAGCAAGCAACAGAGUGAGGAAGUGCAAGCAGAGUUGGAGGUCCUACAAGUAGAACCCCAGCACCUGAUUCAAGAAAUGGAAUCAGCCGACGAGGUCACAGGCUCAAAGCAGCAGCAUGAAAAACUGCAGUAUGAGCUACAGGCUCGAGACAUUUCCAUUUCAAAACUCCAGCAGGAGCUCCAGCAGCUUGUGAAGGAGAUGGACAUCACUAAGGAGGAACUCACCAGCUAUAAGCAGCAGAAUGAGAAACUGCAAGAGGAACUUCAGGUACAAGUGGUCUCUAUGUCUGAACUCAGUGAGGGGAACCAGGAGCUAGUGGAAGAGAUGGACACCACCAAAAAAGAACUUGACAGCUACAGGCAGCAGAAGGAGAAACUGCAAGAAGAGCUUCACAAUCGUGAAAUUUCCAUUUCUAAACUUAAAGAGGAGCUGCAGCAACUGGAGCAGGAGAUGGAAACUACAAAAGAAGAACUCACCAGCUACAGGACACAAAAUAAGAAACCACAGGUAGAGCAGCAGGUGCAGGAAUCUUCAGUUCCUGAGCUCAAAGUAGAGCCUGAACAGAUGAUUAAAGAAGUUCAAACAGCAAUGGAGGUUUCCAGCAGCAACCAGCAGAAUGAAAAACCACAGGAAGACCUCCGGAUCCAGGAUGUGCGCAAUUCUGAACUCAGUCAGGACAACCAACAUCUGUUGAAGGAGUUGGAUACCACUAAUGAAGAACUGACUAGGUACAGGGCACAGAAUGAGGAGCUGCAGAAAGAGCUAGAAGAGCGGGAACUCUGCAUUUCUAAACUGAAAGAGGAGCUGCAGCAGCUGGAGAAGGAGAUGGCUACUACCAAGGAAGAACUCAGCAGUUUGAGGAAGCAAAAUGAAAAACCACAAGAAGAGCUACAGGUGCAGCAACUUAAAGUAGAGGCUGGACCGAAAAAAGAAAUUGAUCCAGUGAAGGAUGUUUCCAGCUGCAACCAGCAAAAUGAAAAGCUGCAGGAGGAGCUCCAGGUCCAGGAAGUCCUAAUUUCUAACCUCAAUCAUGAGCACCAACAUCUAACAAAGCAGUUGGAUACCACCAACGAAGAACUAACUAGGUACAGAACUCAGAACAAGGAACUGCAAGACGAGCUGCAAACACGAGAAACUUCCAUUUCAAAACUUGAGGAAGAACAUGAGCGGCUGAUGAAGGAGCUGGACACCACCAAAGAAGAACUCAGCAGCUACAGACAGCAGAAUGAAAAACUGCACGGUGAACUUCAGGUACAGGAACUUUCUAUUCCCAAACUCAAAGAAGAUCCCCAACAACUAUUGACAGAGGUUGAUACAGCAAAUGAGGUCCGCAGUUACAAGGAGGAGAAUGAAAAACUGCAGGAGGAGCUUCAGAUCUAUGAAGUUUCAGUUUCUAAGCUCAAGGAGGAGCGCCAGCUUCUGGCGAAGGAAUUGGAUACUACCAAUGAGGAGCUGACUGCACAUAGGAUGCAGAAUGAGAAACUUCAGGAAGAGCUGCAUGCAUGGGACAUUUCCAAUUCUAAACUCCAGGCGGAGUUCCAGCAGCUGAUGGAGGAGCUGGACACCACCAAAGAAGAACUCAGUAGAUACAAGCAGCAGAAUGAGAAACUGCAAGAACAACUGCACGUCCAAGAACUUUCCAUUUCCAAACCUACAGAGCCAACAGCAGUCGACACCACGCAGGAUGAGGCCAGCAGCUACAGACAGAAAAAUGAAAAAUUACAGAAGAUGCUGCAGGUCCAGGACAUGUCCAUCUCCAAACUCGAGGAGGAACUCCAGCAGCUUAUAAGGAAAGAGAACUCCACCAAAGAUGAGCUGAGCAGCUACAGGCAGCAGAAUGAGAAGCUACAAGAAGAGCUGCACGUCCGUGAUGUGUCCGUUUCAAAGCUCAAAGAGGAGCUGCAGCGGUUACAAACAGCACUGAUGAAAACGGCAGACACUGGACUUGCAUCUCCUUCUGUGUCUCUUCAUCCACAGUCUUCAGCCUCUUCUUCCUCCACCACGCAGCCCAAGAGGAAAACAUCCAAACAACCAGCCACCAAGGGAAGCAGUGCCAAAGACAAACCAUCUCUAUCCAAGAAGAACUCUUCCUCUUCCAGUCAAUCUUCCUACAAAUCCCACAGCUCUCGGCAGAACAGCAGCUCUGAACAGCAACAUUUGGUUGUAACAGAUUCAUUCACACAGACAGAACCUCUGCAGAUGUCUGAUCUCAGCCUGGACGGGACAUCCAUCACCAAAGAGGAAAUGAACGAGGUAAUCGGUGACUUCCAAGAGAAGAUUGUGCAGAUGCAGGAGCUCCACGCUGCAGAAAUCCUGGACAUGGAGGCACGGCAUAUUUCAGAGAGUGAAAACCUGCGGAGGGACACACAUGCACUGGAGGAUGAGUGCAAAGCCCUGAAGGCUGUCAUUGACAAGCUGCGCUCCUCUGAGGCUCCUGUGUCAAGACAAGACCGUCCUAUAUCACUGUUCAGAGAUGGAUACACCAGUGACAGCAGCUCAGACUACAGCCAGAGGACUGGAUACGAGCUACCCAGCUUGCAGCAGGAGUUUAGGACGACUCCAGAGGGUGCCAGGAGAGAAACUGACGAUCCUAUGCCUGAUCGCAUCAAAAUGUUGCUUCGGGAGGUGCACCAGGAAGGAAUGCAGGUUCUGUCUCUGUCUGAACUUCCGCUCUCUGAAGGCAUGUCAAGCAACCAGUUCAACAUCCAGGGCUGGAUGAAAGAACGAGAUGCUCUGCUGGAUACUGUGGAGUCUCUCAAAGGUCUCAUCACUCAGAUGAAGACAAACAUAGAGACACAGACAUCAGAGGGUGUGGACUGGCGCUCACAGCUCCUGGACGCAGUGAGGCAGGUGUUUCUGAAGGAGCGAAGUGUGUUGAAGAACACGCUCUACAGCCAGCUGGACCUGUUGGACACCAGUGAUGCCAUCAUCCACCUGAAUCAGCUGGAGCGCAGACUGGCUGAGCAGGACGCUCAGCACAGAGAUGCCAUGAGUUCACUUCACACUGCAGAGAGAUCCAGUCUAAUCUCUGAGAUUCAUCAGCUUCGUGGUCAGUUAGAGCAACUCCAUCAUGGUGACCAGUCCACAAUGGCUUUAGCUGCUGACUGUAGCAGGAGGGAGCAGAGGGAUGGAAGAGGAGGAGAAACUGACAGACUGCUGGUGGAGGAGCUGAAGUGUGAGCUGUCUCAAACUAAAUUAGAGCUUGAGACAUCGUUGAAGUCUCAGCACAAACACCUGAAAGAGCUGGACACACUGAGGGCAGAGGUAUCACAGAAAGCUGCUGAAGCUGAGGCCCUCAGUGACCAGCUGACAGACGAGAGGAAGAAGAGCAGAGAUCUUCAGUGGGUCAUGGAGAAGGAGAAGUGUCGCUCUGGGAGAACUGAGGAGAGCAAGCAAGAAGAGCUGGAGGACCUUCAAAUUAGUCUGGAGGAGCAGAAGACUCGCGUGGCCCAGCUGACCUUGACCCUAGAACAGGAGCGCGAGGCCUCGUCCCAGCUCGCCCAACAGUCUGAGCAGGAGUGCCUGAUGCUCCAGAGAAAUCUGCAGGAGCUUCAGGUCCAGUUGGAAACAGAACGAGCCAAGGCCCAGGAGAUCAGCAGUGCACUGGGUCGAGAGAGGGAGCUGCGGACAGGAGCUUCCUUUGACAACAGCUCUUCAAAUGAGCCUACUGCUGAAAAAGAGAGAAUGGAGGCCGAAGAGGACGGAAGUCUGCUGGAUAGACUGCAGAAGGAGCUGGAUGACAAACACGCACAGGUGGUGCAUCUGCUCAGUCAGGUGGAGGCUCAGAAGCUGGAGGUGGUGCGAAAAGAGGGAGAGCUGAAUUUGGUGAACCCAAGGUGGAAACGUGACCAGGAGGCCCUGCUGGAGGCACAAGAUCAGCUGCAGGAGUUAGGAGCUCAGCUGUCAGAAACUCAGAAGCAGCUGGAGAUGGAGAUGAAGAGGAGGAGGAGUGUGGAAGAGGAGAAGGAAAGACUGGAGGAGAGGUUAGCUCGUGUGGCGGAGCUGAGAGGACAAACCCAGCCAUCUCCAGGGCAGAGAGACUCCACCGACCGCACCACAGACUGGGUUUACCAGCACAAGUACGGAGACCUUCAGUCUCCCAUCUCCAGCAUUUCUCCAACGCUGACAACCUCCCCAGCAGCUCACACCAGUGGACAACACUCUGGUCCCUGGUCCACGGUGGACAAAAUUGUGAACAAGCUUCACCUCAUAUCCUCAAAGAUCCAUCACAUGUCAACACAAAGUCCUGGCAGGGCGACUGCAGAAGUGGACAAAGAAGAGUUGUCCUGGGUGCUGUCACAUAUGGAGGAGGUCAUCAGAAUGCUGCAGCAGUUCCCAGCGCUGCCGUCCAUGCCCGAGAGUCUGCCCCUGGUGGCAGCCGCCUCCUCCAGCUCCUGCAACUCUCUGGCUGAACGGCUGCUGAGGCAGAAUGCUGAGCUCACAGGUUUCGUCAGCCGCCUGACUGAAGAGAAGAACGAUCUUCGAAACCAAGUCCUUCGCUUGGAAGAAGAGUUGCGGCAUUCCAGGAAGUCUGUGUUGGGAUCAGGAGACAGCUCCUACAGUCGGAGAGCACUUUCAAAGGUGGACUCAAACACCUUGCUACUCUCCCAUGAGCGGGAGUCAUGGGCUCGGGAGAAGAGCUCUCUGGAGAAGGCUUUACAAGUUGCCCAGUCCCAGGUGGCCCGACUCAGGGCUGAGAUCAGAUCUGACACUCUGCGAGAGAUAACUGGACCAGAGGGUGACAACACUGCCCUGAAGAGGAUGUAUGGAAGGUACCUGAGGUCAGAAAGCUUCCGAAAAGCACUUAUCUACCAGAAAAAGUAUCUCCUGUUACUACUGGGCGGCUUCCAAGAGUGUGAGGAAGCCACGCUGUCACUGCUGUCCAGGAUGGGUGGCCGGCCGUCUCUGUCCAGCCUGGACUCUUACAGCCAGCGCCGAGGGGGGCUGAUGCGCUUCCGCUCUGCUGUCCGAGUCUCUAUCGCCCUCUCCAGAAUGCGUUACUUAGUGAGGCGAUGGCACAAGGCGACAGGGAUGAUCUCCUCACCCUCCUACAGUCUGAGCAAGAAUGGAACCACACACACCUUAGGUACGGAUAUGAGAGAUUCACCUUAUCUUCACCCAGGCAGUGUAGAGAUGUACAGAGAGAAAAGCGGUGAACGAGGAGGAGGAGGAGUUUCCAGCAGCAGGGGGAGAAGUGGACGAGAGUCACCACGAUCUGCUGUCUCUUCAACACACCACAGAUUUCACAUGGCUGGAGACCACGGACCUCUGACCUGCUCCCACCUGCAGAGCUACGACCCAGACCGAGCACUCACCGACUACAUCUCCAGACUGGAGGCUCUGCAGAGGAGGCUGGGUAGUGUGACAUCAGGUGCUUCUUCAUACACUCAUUUGCACUAUGGCUUGAGAAGAUAGAUGGCGCUGACACCUUAACUGUUGCUUGAAGAAACUCAGUUGCCUUUUUCUCGUGCUGAGCGCUCUGCUGUUUUCUAUCUUUCUGCUGUGGAGUAUUUAUCUUUAUGUGGACCAAAAAAGACACAACAACACAUUUUUAAUAAUUAAUAAGUGUACCAUUUGUGUAUUCAGGCUUUGUUUUCUGUUUUUGUCGCCAGCACAUGAAAAAACAGCUUCGUUUGUAUGUAAUGAAAUCUGCCUCUCUGUUGUGGAUGAUCUACAAUCCUGUAUAUUUGUUUGUUGCUAAUUUAAGACCUUGCGAUUAAUUUAUGUUUUUUGUGUGUCGUAUGGGAGAAUGUUUGGGUUUACUGUUCAGGAGGCUGCUACUGGAAAAUAUCCUACACUACACUGUGUUUUGUUUAGGCCAGACUGACUACAGAGGACAUUUGUAGAGAAUGUAUUUUUGUAAAAAAAUAAAACAAGAACAUUAAAUAGCAUAGGAGCUUUGAAUUUUCUGGGUAUUUUGUCAAAAACUGAAAUAAAGAGGAUCGCAUUGUUUAAAGGA